AUGGAUGAAAACGAGAUUGAUUUUCUGUUAAAAGAAUUGGAUAAUGAAAAUCUACGUAAGUUUCAAAAACUAAACAAAACUAAUUUUGAUGAUGAGUACUCUGAUCUCAGAUUGGCUCAAAAGAAAAGAAAAAAAAUGUGUAAAAUAACAUCUCCUAUUAUUUAUGGUCAGCUUCAUGCAGAAGAAUUGAAAAUUCCCAAAAGUAAGUGGGAACAUUUACAGCAACUGAAAAAAGUAAUACCUAAUGAUUGUCAUGAGUUUUAUAAUCAUAUUAAAUAUGAUUAA